UGUCCUUGGGCCAACGGUUCUAUCGUUCCGCACUUCCGCAGGCACUGCCGACCUGGGGCCAACAUUGCUGCGACAGUUCUUCGCUGAUUGUCUGUGAUCACCGACUAGCCUGAUGUUGUCAAACGUGAGCGAGAUGACCGUGAACGAGUCCUCGGGGAUCGGCAACGAGUCGGGCCCGCCGUGGUUCGGCCCCGCCUACCACCCCGUCAUCAUCCCCGUCGUGUACGGCGUCAUCUCCGUCAUCGGUCUGACGGGAAACUCUCUCGUCAUCUACGUCGUCAUGAAGUACGCCCGAGUCAAGUCAGUCACCUACCUGUACAUACUAAACCUGGCCCUGGCGGAUGAACUGUUCGUGUUACUCCUCCCCCUCAAUGCAGCCAGCAUCGGGCUGGAGACCUGGCCGUUCGGAACAGUGAUGUGUAAGAUAUCCCUGUACGUAGACACCUUGAACCAGUUCGUCAGUAUCUUCUGCCUGACGGUGCUGAGCGUGGACCGGUUCGUUGCCGUGGCGUGUCCCGUGAUUUCUGUCAACCGUCGUAACACCCGUAUGGCUCGGACAGUCAACAUCAGCGUGUGGGCCAUCUCACUGGUGGUCAGUUCCCCUACGGUCAUCUUCGCCACCGCGGACCCGGCCCCACUACACGAGUCCCACGAGAUCACGUGCAACCUGGACUGGCCUAAAAACGUGUCCCGUACCAUGGGCGAGGCGUGGGUCAUCUAUACCUUCACCCUGGGGUUUGCCGUGCCGCUGAUUAUCAUCGUCACGUGCUAUUCCCUCAUGACCAGACGGCUCUGCGACAGCGUGAAAGGCACCUCCGUCCAACGCAACCAGUCUCGCCGCCAUCGCGAGAAGGCCAUCAAGAAAGUCGAGCGCUUGGUGGCCGUGGUGGUGACGGUCUUCGUCAUCUGCUGGCUGCCGUUCUACAUCUUCCAGAUCGCCAACCUGUUCCACACAUUCGACAUGUGGGACCUGGAGACGGUUGCCGGCCUGUUCUACUUCACCAUCGCCCUGUCGUAUUCCAACAGCUGCUGCAACCCCGUCCUCUACGCCUUCUUCGACGAGAACUUCAAGAAGAGUUUCCAAGAAGCCCUGAAGAUCCGCCCCAAGAUCCGCUUCACCAAGCACCUCGCACCGAGCAACGCUUACAACACUUUCUAUUCACGCCGCACAGAGCUGGUGACCAUGACCGUGAAGUCCACAGUCCCGAUGACCACUGGAGAUACACGAAUGGACACGCUGAAGCUGCCCAACUGCGUGCCCACACCGGAGAUGUCCAAGCACUUUGGGCAGGAACAAGCCGGGCCGACCGGACGGAAACACGUCCAACAGCUAACGUAAACACGCUGCUUGUCAGCUCUGUUCUCCGAAAUAUUAGCUGUAGACGCGAAAAGGCGUCCAUGGGUUACCCAAAGCUGACAUAUUUUCGGCAGGUAGGUACUGCAGUAUUUCAAACGACGAAGAGUAUGAAAAUAUGGAUAAUUCUUACCACUGAUAAUAAAUAAUCAGCAUCAGAACGACAACACUCAAGCGCUUCACAGUACGAGGAACAUUCGUUUCAAAAUUUCAUUUUCCAGCUCUGAUACCUGACGAAAAAGUGUGACAACACACUUCUUAAUUACACAACAGCAACGAAGAAAAAUAACGGAGAAAUAACUAUCAGUUUAUAAAUCACCACA